AUGGAGUAUUCUAAUUGGCCUGAUGAUUUGAUAACAGAGAUAUUUGCGAGGCUGCCCGUGAAAUCUCUUUUACGAUUCAAAUGUGUGUGCAGGAACUGGUACUCUCUUAUUACAAGCUCUUUUUUUGUUAGAAAACACCUUCAGGAAAACCCUACCUGUCUCUUAAUAGCUAUUUAUGGCGAUGAUCUCUCACAAUCCGGCACCACUAUUCAUGUGUUGCCCGAUAAAAUAUUACCCGGUUUGAUUCCUGAAAAGCCUAAUAAUUUACAGAUUCGUGUAGAGCUAGAUGAGAUUAUUGGUCCUGUUGAUGGCUUAUUUUUGUUGCUCAAAGAUUCACAUAUGGCUCUGUGGAACCCAGCUAAAAGAGAGUUCAGACCUCUUCCACCAGAUCUUCUCAAGUUCACCCAUUCUUGUCCAGCUGGUUGUUUUGAAAAUAUAUUUGGCUUUGGCAAUUUGAUCCAAUAA